AUGUCGAACCCGCAAAACGAAGUUGAAAAACGCCAGCCCUCACCUCGACUACCGUCUCCGUCUCCGCCUCUAUCAGAAUCAACAUCAAACGAUCUUCAAGAUGAGCCAUACAGUGAAUAUGAAGACCCCGAAGCUCUCACUCGAUUUGACACAUCACAAUCGGUUGUCGCUCCCCCAAAGGAACUCUGGAAAGAAGUGAUUUUUGUCAUUGUGGUCUGCAUGGCCCAAUUCAUGACACAAGCCGGCCUGGCCAUAUCCAUCGCUCCUGUUUAUAUCAUCGGGGGUAGCUUUGAUACAUCCAACGCCGGGGAAUUGAGUUGGUUCGCUGCCGCCUAUAGUUUGACCGUUGGUACAUUCAUCCUAGUGUCUGGUCGAUUGGGUGACGUCUAUGGUCACAGGUUGAUGUUCAUCACUGGAUUUCUCUGGUUUGGACUAUGGUCAUUGCUUGCAGGGUUUAGUGUCUGGUCUAACCAGUUAUUCUAUGACUGCUGCCGCGCCUUCCAAGGCAUGGGCCCGGCAAUGGCGCUCCCUAAUGCCCUUGCCAUCCUGGGCCGCACUUAUCCACCUGGCCUGCGAAAGGAAAUGAUAUUUUGCUUCUUUGGGGCGACGGCUCCGAGUGGCUUUAUUAUCGGUGGUGUAUUUUCCUCCAUCUUUGCCCAGAUGGUAUGGUGGCCCUGGGGCUGCUGGGUCUUGGGCAUGGUUUGCUUCCUUUUAGCUGCACUUGGUAUCCUUUUCAUCCCUCACACUCCACCGCCAAAAUUCGACGACAAUAUCCGUGCCUGGGUGCGUUUGGAUCUACCAGGAGCAGCAGCUGGUAUCUCAGGCUUAGUCCUGAUCAACUUUGCAUGGAACCAGGCUGCCUUGGUAGGCUGGAAGACGCCAUACACAUACGCACUGCUCAUUGUCGGAUUCAUCAUGCUGGGUAUCUUCGGCUACAUCGAACGUAUCGCGGAAUGCCCUCUCCUCCCACGAUCGGUCUUCACAGGCGAUCUAGCCUGGGUCCUUGGAUGUAUCGCAGCGGGUUGGUCCAGCUUUGGCAUCAUCAUCUACUAUUUCUAUCAAUUCAUGGAAGUAAUCAAGGGUGAUAGUCCUCUCCUGACCACUGCGAAAUUCUCCGCCGCCGCGCCCUCGGGAGCUAUCGCAGCCAUCACGACCGGGUUCCUACUCAGCCGUGUCCCACCUAGCAUUAUCAUGUUCUGUGCCAUGGCAAUGUUCACAUCUGGACUAGCCAUAUUCGCCACGGUACCAGUCGACCAGACGUACUGGGCACAGGCAUUCGUCGUCAGUAUCAUUACCUGUUGGGGAAUGGAUAUGUCAUUUCCAUCCGGUACCCUUAUUCUUAGCAAUUCAAUGUCGCGGCAUCAUCAAGGCCUGGCCGGUUCAUUAGUCAGUACUACCGUCAACUACUCCAUCUCGCUGGGACUGGGGUUUGCGGGGACUGUUGAAUCGCAUGUUAAUGAUGGUGGGAACAACGUGUUGAGAGGAUACCGCGGGGCGCUGUAUAUGGGAAUCGGUCUAGCAGGACUAGGGUUGAUGAUUUCGACUUAG